UUUAUUUGAAUACGUAUAGUUUUAAUACUAUAUAUCCAGUAUUUUUCCUAUUACUAACAUUUCUGGAAAAAACUGUGACUGAGGAAUAUUCUUGCCGAUGUUUACAAAAUUGCUCUUGGGUGCAAUUUUUUAAGUAAUCGCUAAACGUAAUCGAAACGUCUACAAUUUUGUUAUCUGAGACUUUGUUUUUAAGAUAUAAGCAGAUACAAGUGCUUGUACAGUUCAGUUUGGCGCUGUAAGCAAGCGCUCAUAUCAGCUCGUAUGAAUAAACAUGGCAUCACGAUUUAAGGAGCAUUUUCAUGUGUCGUGAGGUCAUCAAUUUCUAUUUUCUUUUUACCUCCGAAUGGAACUAUAAUUUGUUUUAAUUGAUUUACGAUUACCUUCGAAAUUGACUAAAUAACAGUAAUACAUCUGAAGUUUGGAUGAUAUCGCAAAAUAUUAUUUCUGAAUAUUACAAGACUUUACGAUAUCAUAGUGAUGCACAUAUGUAUUUGUAAACAUAUCUCAAUACUUUUUUUUUUAAAUAGUUUUGCUGAUAAUUUGAUGAUCUCCUAUUUAUAUUAAUUAGAAUAAAACAUUUGUGAAAUUAUCGAAGUCUUGAUUCAUACAAAAAUGGUGGAUUUACACGGAAAAGACAAGGGAAAUAUAUCGCUACCGCCGAAACUACAUUCUUACGAAGAUGAACAGAAUAAAAAUAAUCCAACAAUUAUUAAUAUGCAAAGGGCUUUGUAUAGUAUUAAAAUUACGGACGUUGAAAAUAAAAUAAAAAGAUUAGAAAAUCGAAAUGACGAGUUAUUAGAAGAAAUCGAAACUAUCGAAGGAUUUCUGUCUGCCGUGGAUGCAGAGACAGCCGAAGAAAUUUCAAACUUAUCCAAACAAAUGUAUGCACAAAUUAAUAGAGUAGACAAUUUAAAAACUCAAAUUGACACCGUGGAAAAUGAUCGAGUAAAAAAUAAACAAUCUCACGAAGAUAAUGUAGAAUUAUUAAAUCAAAAAUACAAAGAAAAAAAAGUUGAAUUGGUUUCCCAGAUCAAAGUUUUAAAUGCUAAAAUCAACACUUUGGAAGAUUUUAAAAAAAUGCAAACUGCGUUAGAAGAGAAGUUUAAAGCACAUGAUGAACAUAGAAUAGAAAACAACAAAAAAGUUAAAGAUAGUCUGGAGAGCAUCAGUCAAAAGUUUGAAUUCGAUAAAGAAAUGUACUACGUUGUUGUUUGGCAUAUUUUUAGUAAAAAAUUAUUUAAUUUAUUUUAUUACAAACGGAAAAUGAGACUUUAUUAUAUUUAUAAAUUAAUAAAUUUUUGUUAUUUAGGCUCAAAAAUGAAUUGUAUUAUCGUCUUCUUAAUGUGGCAGCCCAAUUCCAAAUAGAAACUAAUAAACAUAUAAGUUUACCAAAUCAAAGAUUAAUGCGAGAAAAUAUUAUGUUAAAAAAUGAAUUAAUAAAAAUUUCUAACGAUAUUUCGCUGGAAAAAGAAUUUGAAAGCAACUUUAAGUAAUGUU